UUUUAAAAUGUCCAUUCCCUGCACAUGUCAACCUGUAUUAUCCUCUUAAAAUAAUAUUCUUACCUAGACAAAAACAACAAUUUCAAACAUGGAAACUUCGUAGAAAACAAAACCAACACAAACCCAAUUGCACCUUAUUAAAAUCACCUUCAAAACCUGCUUUUCCUUAAACAAAGAAAAUUAUCAAAAGAGCAACUAACCAUUAUAAUAAGUAUCCAUAAUCAACAACACCACCAUUCAUUUCAAACAACAAUGCUUUCCAUUCAGUGUCGCCGCCGGCACAAGUCCGACAUGGCUUACCUCACCGCCCUCAUCGGCAUUCUUCUCCUCUUCCCGGCAGCAACCUCCCAAGCUCAAAACCUCAAAAAAGAAACUCACUCUUUUGGAUUCUUCAACGCCACCAAUGAACACUAUUUUCAAACUUUAUCCACCGCAACCAUCCAUUUCAACGCCCUUCAGGUCACCCCGGACAGCGCUGGAAGUUCAAACAUCGUUCCCCUUUUCAACAACUCCGGCAGAGUCUUUUACAAAGAACCCUUUAAACUCUGGGAUGGCUCUUCCUCCACCGGAAAACUUGUCUCCUUCAAUACUUCAUUUCUCAUCAACAUCUAUCGCUACAACAACGGUACUCCUGGCGAAGGUAUCGCUUUCAUCAUCGCACCUUCUCUCUCCAUUCCUCUCAACAGCUCCGGUGGUUACCUAGGGUUAACAAACGCCACCACAGACGGAAACGUCAACAACCGUUUUGUCGCUGUUGAACUUGACACGGUUAAACAAGACUUUGAUGAUGACAAAAACCACAUAGGACUUGACAUAAAUAGCGUCCGUUCCAACGUUAGUGUUCCUCUUGAUUUGGAACUCUCUCCGAUCGGAACUAGAUUCCAUGUUUUAUGGGUUGAAUACGACGGUGACCGGAAAAAUCUUAGUAUCUACAUGGCGGAACAACCUUCACAAGAUUUACCUAUAGUGAAAAAACCGGCUAAACCGAUUAUAAGUUCUGUUCUUGAUCUAAGACAAGUGGUGAGUCAAAAUUCUUAUUUUGGAUUUUCUGCUUCAACGGGUAUCACUGUUGAGUUAAACUGUGUACUUAGAUGGAAUAUUUCAAUGGAAGUGUUUGAUAAUAAUAAAAAUGAAAAAAAUUUGAGUAUUGGUUUAGGUGUUGGGAUUCCAGUAUUGGUUUUGAUUUUAGCUGGUGGUGGAUUUUGGUAUUAUUAUUUAUGUAAGAAGAAGAAGAGUGAUGAACAUGGUUCAACUUCUCAAAUAAUGGGUACAUUGAAGAGUUUACCAGGUACACCAAGAGAGUUUAGUUUUCAAGAAUUGAAGAAAGCUACAAAUAAUUUUGAUGAAAAGCAUAAACUUGGACAAGGUGGAUAUGGUGUUGUUUAUAGAGGAACUUUACCUAAGGAGAAAUUAGAAGUUGCUGUUAAGAUGUUUUCUAGAGAUAAGAUGAAAAGUACUGAUGAUUUCUUGGCUGAACUUACUAUUAUCAAUCGUCUUCGUCAUAAACAUCUUGUUAAGUUACAAGGAUGGUGCCACAAAAAUGGAGUAUUGCUCUUAGUAUACGACUACAUGCCUAACGGAAGCUUAGACAACCACAUAUUUUGCGAGGAAGGAACAAGCACAACCCCACUAAGUUGGAAUCUAAGGUAUAAAAUCCUCUCAGGAGUCGCUUCUGCAUUGAAUUACCUACACAACGAGUACGAUCAAACUGUAGUCCACAGAGACCUGAAAGCAAGCAACAUAAUGCUAGACGUUGAUUUCAAUGCACGUUUAGGUGAUUUCGGCUUAGCACGUGCACUAGAGAAUGAAAAAACAUCGUAUGCAGAAUUAGAAGGAGUACAAGGUACAAUGGGAUACAUAGCACCGGAAUGUUUCCACACAGGAAAAGCUUCAAGAGAAUCAGAUGUAUAUGGACUUGGUGCUGUGUUUCUUGAAACAGUUUGUGGUCAAAGACCUUGGACUAAAAUUGAAGGGUACCAAUUUUUGGUUGAUUGGGUUUGGUAUUUACAUCGUGAAGGAAGGAUUUUAGAAGCAGUUGAUCAAAGUGUUGGGAAUGAGUAUGAUGUUGAAGAGGUAGAGAGGGUAUUGAAAUUGGGAUUGGCUUGUUCUCAUCCUAUUGCUAGUGAAAGACCAAAUUUGCAAAUGAUUGUUCAGAUUUUAUCUGGGUCUGUUAAUGUGCCUCAUGUUCCACCUUUUAAACCUUCUUUUAUGUGGCCAGCUGUGGAUUUAGCUAGUCUUGCAAGUACUGAUUUUACAACAACAAAUACUAGUGAGUACACACCAAUCAAUACUAGUAACUCACAAUCUUCUAUGCAUGUUGGAUUCUCAGAUAACAGUUCUUUGGUCUAAGACUGAGACUAAUCUUUUUUUUUUUUUUUUUUUUUUGUAUUUUCUGUGUGUAUGUUGAGAAACAGGAAGAAAAUUUGUUCAGACUUUUCAUUUUUAUUUUACUUUUAUAUUUUUAUUUCACUUGAUUUUUAACUGUA